AUGUUGCCAUGGAUACCAUGGAUAGUUGGUUUCACUGCCCAAACAUGGGCUGCUGCAGAGAGACUACCCUAUGAACUGAACCAUGAAGUUUCUGUCGCCAAACCGAGAUGGACCCCUGGCUCCUUCCUGCGACAGAAAGCCCUGGAUCCAUUAGAUGAAGACGACCCGCUUGAUAGCUUGUGGGAACAAGAUUUCUAUGAUGGAGAAGAUGUUGAUGACGAAGAGAAAUCAGAGAUUCUUGAGGUUCAUGAAGAUAAGGAUAAGGCUCAUGCUCUGCGGGGGGAGAAACAUCACUGUGACGUGGAUGGCCUUCUUCGACUCAAUGGAACCAUCAACGUGGAAAAGGAACGAAUUUACAUGAACUGUCGUAGGGUAGUUGCUCAAGAAGGUGUCUUCAAUCUGUCUGCGCCUUUGCAUUUCUCAGGCAGCCUUGAGUUCGAGGGCAGCCUGACCGUGGUUGCGGUGAAGGCAGGUUUUACCUGCAUCAUAGUGUCUGGCAACUUGAGAGUCUCUGGCAACAUCAGUGUCCAAGGUUGCCAAAGUCGCAGCCAAGGCGGCGCUAUAUGGAGCAACAAUUUCACCAUGGAAAGUGGAGACCUGAAGAUUCAACACUGUUCUGCUUACGAAGGUGGUGCCAUCUAUGCCGACCAUGUUCAAGUGCAUGGGGGAACCAUGGAGAUCACAAACUGCCAGGCAACAUCGGGCGGCGGUAUCUAUGCUAAGUGGUCUCUCUUGAUGGGCGGACGGCUGCGCGCGAAUGGCUGCCGCGCACGCGAUGGGGGUGCUCUUUACGCUCACCAUCAUGUUAGGCAGUCCGGUGGCGAGCUGAUUUUGCAGAGUUGCGUGGCUAGGCACAACGGAGGUGGCCUCCAGACGCAGCAGUACAGUUUGUCCGAUGGUGACUUUGUGGCUUGCAAUUGUAGCGCCAGACGAAUCGGGGGCGGUGUUUGGUCCGAAGGCGUCGUCCAGUCUGGUGGCAAAUUGGCUUUUGAGAUGUGUCAAGCUGGCACGUCUGGAGGCGGCAUAUUUGUUGAGAAACAGUUUCAGCAAGUCAAAGGUCGAUUGACGGUUGAAAACUGCAGUUCUGAGCGUGGCGGAGGUGUGAUGCUGGGGCGUCCGGUGGAUCACGUGACACGGGCAAAGGAGCUCUUUGUUCAAUUUCCCUCCGGCGCUGCCACUUUUCGCGGCUGUAGUGCUGUGAAUUGGGGUGGAUGCAUUUUCUCGUGGGGCAGGGUGCGGAUGUCAGGCGCACUGGAUUUUGUGACUGCGACCUCGCGAUAUGGUGGAGGAAUGUAUGUGAACGGGAAUGUUGAUGCUUCAAGGUCGAACAUGUCGUUUUCCAACUGCCGCUCUACUGGCACAGGUGCAGCUUUGGUGGCAAUUGGAACUGCUCGCCUAGGAAAAGUCUUUGUGAUGAAAUGCUCCUCUGGUAUGCUCUCGGCGGUGCUGUCGGCAGAAGAGGACUUAAUUGCUAAAGAAAUCAUCAUCGGGAGCGAUACCAAGUCGUCAAUCGAAAUGAGUGCCGUGGCUGGCGGCUAUGCUCAGGUCGAAUCCAUGGUUUGCAACGCAGAUCAUUGUAAAUUGCGAGCAGCUACAGGAGACGUUCGACUUAGGAACCUCAGAUGUCCACUUGGCUCCGGGCGGGACAUCCGCUCAUCCAGUACUGUAUGUCUCCGAUGUCCAGCGAGCAUGAUGUCAUUGACCAACGAAAUCAAUGCUUCCUGCCAAAAGUGCCCAGAUGAAGCAGAAGUUUGCCUCCCGGAUCGUCUUAAGAUGCUUCCAGGUAUGACCGUUGAUCCGCAGAACGUUUCAAUUGCGUUGCAUUGUGCGAAUCCUUCUGCCUGUCCCGGUGGCGAACUUGCGGAGCUGCACGUGCCUGAGGAUGUGCUUGGCGGCCACGGCAAAAUUCACUUGGAGGAUCAGGUGUCGAAGGCUAUGUGCCGAGACGGCUAUGCUGGGAAAACCUGUGAACAGUGCGUGGGGAUGCAUGGCAUGGCAGAUAGCAGUCCUCUGCAGUGUACUCUAUGUCCAAAAAACUCCUUCUUCGCAUUGACUCAAAGCAUUGCUUUUUAUGUGUCCAAGGAUGCGUUUUUGUUCCUAUCAGCCACCUUCUCCGCACUGACUGCUGGACAGCAGAAGAAACAGAGUGCGGUCAUGAUCAAUCAGCUGAUGGCCUUUGCGACAGUUUCCAACAUCGUUGUAGGUGGUCUCAUGCAAAGCGAAUCCUUCGAGCAUCUACAAGAUGACACGCAACGCCUCAUGCGAUUUGCUGACGUUGUUGUAGACAUUGCUCAAGGACAAGGAGGUGGAGGCAUCUCACGAGAGUGCGUCUUGAAAAGCUUGAACUUUCCAUCGAGCCUAGGUCAUUGUCAUCUCGCAUCCAUCAUUAUGCCAAUCCUUCUUAUGGCAUCCUUGGCCUUCAAAGAACCACGACUGUCUGUGGUGGUUGGAGCCAACGUGUUUCUGCCAGCCUUUACGGCGGCGUUUGGGAAAUACCUCAUCGCUUUCCGCACAAAGCCCCAAAGUCAAGGUGGAACGUUGGAGACUCCCUUCCUUCCAGGAUUCGCCUUCGACUGGCUGGUCAUUUCGGGUGCCAUUCUGCUGUGUUUCACCUCUGGAAUCUUUGGCUGGGCACAAGUAGUCCUUGCGCACAGAGGCGAAGGAACCACGGCACCGAAGUAUGUUUUGUACUUGACACAGUCUUACAAGUCCGAAUGUUGCGCCUGGGAGAUUGAGCGGUUGGUCCGUAAGAUGCUCCUGUGCUUGAUUACGACAUUGCUUCCAGUCACAUAUUCUCCAUCGUGGCAGAUGGAAUCCGUUUCCUUGGUCCUUAUUGCAUCCCUCCUCCUUCAUUUCAUUUUCAAACCGUACAACGUAGACCUCUGGAAUGCCACUGAGAUUGGGCUCCUGACCCUUGCGCUGGUCUUGACGGGUUUGACCACCACGGUUUUGGCCAACGACUUACAUUGGGCGCAUUCCUUUGUCACUGGAAGGGUGACCAUCGUGCUGGUCAUCAUGCUGGUGGCGAUGAUUUGUGGCACCAUGGCAAUCUUGGUGAUCGUCAAUAUCGUGAAGGAACGCCGUUGGAAGCUUGGCCAUGGCAAUGGAAAGAAGAUGAAAGGACCUCGGUAUCUGACAGUCCGAAGGCCGCAAGCAGUGCCGAAGAUUGAUGCAGCGACUGAAAAGAUGGGCAGCUUGUGGCAGCGACUGGCAGAAAGGGGGAAGUUCGAGCGCCAGUCGCCGCGGACGGCCGUCGGCAGCGUCUGGUCAGGUCACAUUGCCUUCUGUCAUGGAGAGACCCCGCUCCCCCCUGUCGAUAGUGAGCCGCACUCGUGCCCACGGUUGGUAACCUGGCCUAGUGGCGAUGGUGGUGUGGCAGGUCAGAUUUCCGGCACCUCCCAGCUUCAUGGAGAUUCAACCAGUUCGCUGACCCCCUUCCGCCGCGUGGCUUGUAGCGGUCCGGGGCGCUCGCAAGUGGGAACUGCGACCAUGGAUCUUCCACAUACCGUAGAGAUGCAGCUGGCACCGCCUGCGCGCGGGACCAGCGAAUCUUGGCCCUCGACCAGCUCCACUCAGAGCACUCAAUGUAGCGAUGAUGAGGAGGUGCGGCAGCGCAGUUGCUCAGCCAGCCGAAGGCAGAAGCAGAUCCGACGGCAAGAGAAGCUGAAGGAUUUGAUUUCGAAGUUGCAUAGGCUUGAGCAGUGGCAGCGUGAGGUAGAGAGUCAGCGAGGCAACCAGCCGGCAAAGGGAGGGUACACUAGAGGUGAUCCAAAAGCACGAGCCAGAGCUGCUGGCCCAGUAGGGGCCCAACAGAGUUUUCCUGGAAUUCCCCAGUUGGCAUCUCUGUGGAAGUUGGAGGAGGAAGCAGGCCCGGAGUUCUCUGGUCCGGCUUUUGGUGCAGUGGAGGAGGGCCCGGGCCCCUUGCCUGACCUGUGUGAAGAGCAGUGUAUCUUCAUCUCCUUGAAUCAUCGUGAAGCGCUGCAGAGAGUGCAUUUGGCCUAUUCUGCCGGGUUUUGGGUUACUCCCUUGUCCUUCCCUGACACAGCCUCCCACUUCAUUGUGCUCCGUGCCUGUGGAAUUGGUGGUUACGAUCACCGUGCCUCCUCUCUUUGUGCCAUGCUGAGAAAGAAUAGGAUCCGACCAGCCAGCAGAGGCGAUCCGACUCUGAUGGUCCUGACCUUGCCAGAGCAUGCAUCGGCGUUUGGUGAUGAGGUUGAUGUCUUCGCCAUGCCGCUAGAAUUUAGACAAGGGGGAAUGCUCCUUGCUAUCCCAAAGGACACUUUGUCCGCCCAAGCACUUGCAGAUGGCCAGUCGGGAUCCGAAGAGAUCUUAUUUGGGCCUAAUUCAGUUUUUGCUUCGGACCUUCUUGAUGAAGGUGAGGAUCUCAACUUCACGGUUCCCGUUGGUGUCGAAGUUGAGGUCUUAGUCGUAGAUGUCUCAGAUGAUGUUUUAGCAAUCUGCAGAGAAUAUGAUCCAGUCACUGAUACCACAGCCACGAUCCUAGGAUACUCCCACGAGCAUCCGGCCAGCCUUCCCGAACAUACUAGGUUGCUUGUCCAGGUGAAUAGUUGGCUUCUGUCGCGCACUGACGAUCGGACGGGUUUUUAUACUGCUCAAGACGACCAGGAACAGGGUCCGAAAGCCAGCAAUCCCCCGGGUACCGGGGUGCCACCAGUCAAGAAGCCUGCGACGGCAAAGAGGGUUUCCAAUGCAGCCAUCGCCGAGCAACUGACUGCUUUGUCUGCCCAACUACAGCUGUUGUCCCAGAGGCAGGAUCGUCUAGAGUCGUCUGGUCCUGGGUUUGUAGGUCAUGCUCCCAAGCCUUUUGUUGGUCCCACGCCAAAGUUGCCUGCAUUGUCGGCACAGAUUCAGAACCCAAGCGGCAUGUUGCAGACAGGUCAAGCCAAAGUAUUGAACCUGAUAGGACCUCCCCCUCGGACGCGUGCAGCCCCAGCAGCACCAGGUGCGAACGAUGCCGUGCAAGACGAACCUUACGACCCAUUGCAGCCUACUGCAGGCGAUCCCGAAAGCAUAGCCAGUGCCAUUGCUCAGCAGAGCACGGCGAUAACAGCAUUGGUAGCACACCUCACGUCGCAGUCCGGCGAUGUGAUGGGGCAGUCAUCCAGUACCACAAGAGGCGUUCAAAGAAGAGAGAAAAUGCAGAACGACCUUGCGACGGGCAACAGUUGUUACUUCUUCCAACUCAUGCAGCAGCUUCACAGGCGUUUGCACCCAUCGAAACCUGUUCCACAGCGAGAGGAGGAGUUGCAAGGUCUGUCAGUCCUUCAUUACUUGGAACGUCAAGGGGGGUAUCGGAAUCAGAGAGAAAUGGGCUUGGUGGCAUGGGUUUUAGGACAUGCCUUGGAUGCGGCAGCUGCAGGGGACUUUCGACACACGAAAGAAGUCCUGGCUUUGUUGAUGGUGGCAGUGGAGCAGUCUGUCCUGGAUCGAGGGGAUUGGUCCCUCGCCUUCAUGCUGACGUUGAUGGAGGAGCCGCCUUUACAGAUGUUUCAGGAAAGAGCCAUGACCCUUGCCCAAAACGCCAAGCCUUUUGGACCUCUAGUACCACCUCAGUGGACCGCAGUCUGCCUCUCUUACUUGAAGGACCUGGAGGUGUUGGCAAACAAGAAGGUCGAGACUGCCAAGCGAGCUGCGAAACCUCCGCCUGCCAACCCAUCGGCAGGGAGUACGGGGGAGCCGGAAAAGGAGGAAUCUCCGCGGCGCAAGCCGAGGUUCCCGAAGAAACCAAAAGCAAAAGCCCCAGCGGAUGCAUGA